AUGAGUCAUCGAGUGGUUGAGAACAACAAAACGACUUUCAUGCACGACAUCAGUUUGAAGCAAAUCACGAACGAGUUUCCUCAGCUCGAAAAAAUGUUUUUCGACGUAGAGAACGUGCAUAGGAGUAGUAUAGAUAGCGAGGUUACAGACGGAAGUAAAUUAGAAGAAAAAGACCUAAUAGAUUUUUUAAGUUAUCAUGGAUACUUGAAUAUUUCUCAAAAUAAUAAUGUGUCUGAUUUAGUAACACCUGAAAAGGCUCUGAAAGAGUUUCAAAUUGCUUAUAAUUUAAAAGCUGAUGGAACAUUGAAUGGUGAAACUGCUUCUUUAAUUGAGAGAUUUUGGUGUGGCACAAGAGAUAAUAAUUAUCAAAUUGGAAAUGUUGAUGAAGGAAAAUGGAAAUAUAAAAUAAUAAAAUGGAUUAUACAUCCUCCCACUUCACAUUUACGUAUAAAACAAAAAUAUAUAAAAGUUGCAGAGAAUGCUUUCAACUUAUGGGAAAACGAGACAAACUUGAAAUUUGUCUAUUCCAAUGUCAACCCAAAUAUAAUAAUAUCAUUUAAUUAUUCCAAUCAUUCAUUUUAUGCUAAUAAAAAUGAAUGUCCAUAUGAAUUUCAUUAUUAUGUUCUGGCACAUUCUUAUUUUCCAAGUUUACAAUCUGAGACUGUGGAAAUUCAUAUGAAUAGAGCAUUUACUUGGUAUUUGGAAGACGCACCAUCAGUUCCAGAUAGCCAAAAGAGUUUAUUGCAAGUUUUAACUCAUGAAAUAGGACAUGCUCUAGGAAUUGGACACUCACAUGAUACUCAAUCUAUUAUGUAUCCUGCUUUACUUGACAUAGGCCCUGAUGUUCGAUUAAGCAGUGAUGAUAAAGAAGCUAUUCAAGAACUCUAUGGGAAAAAACAAUCAUCUUUUAAUCAAUCACAAACAACAACAACAACAACAACAACUACUACUACUAUGAAACCGAAAACGACUAAAACAAAUAAGCCGGUAAUUCUAAAAUCAAAUGAAGAGAUAGAGAAUGAUAAUCGAGACAAAACGAUCGCUUCCAUGUACGACGAUGAAGAGUUAAUAUUCAAUGAAGAUCCGGUCAACAAAUUAGCUCAAAGAGCUAAUAUUUUGGUGAGCGUAGACAAAAAUAAUGUUCGUGAGGAUGAUGAAGAUUCGGAAGAUGAAGCUAUUUCUAUGGAUCAGGUGGAAGACCAAAGAUGUGGGGGAACGGCAGAAGUAGUGAUAAAAAAAAUAAAUGCAAGUGAGACAUGCAAUCCAAACUAUCUCAUCAAGCAAAUAUGUACCGUACAAUCUUAUGUUGUAAUCGAAUCAAUGUAUGGAGGUUUCUACAAUAUAUGCUUCCUUUGCCAUUAUCAUCAUGGACUUGAAGCACCAUUGGGAAAACAUACAUUCAUAAACACACACUAUCAAAAAGCGUUUUCCUGUUGUGAUAAAAUCGACUUAUUUUGCUCAUUAUGUAAAACAAACCUUUUUGUUAAUAUGCCAAUAGAAGUCUGCAUUUAUUGUAAUAAGCCUCAAGUCCAGCCAAUAGACAAUCACCUGUUGAAGAAACAGAACUUUGAAGAGUCGUGA